CAUUUAACUGAGCCUUUUAAUAGGCAGUCCCUCACCAACUUAGAAACUUCCCAGCAAGCAGAAAUCAAGAGAGCAGGAAAUAGGCACAUCUUAGGUCAGCACACUUGCAUGAACUGGUCUGUCUACAAGAAAAAAUCACCCAGAGCCAGAGAACCUGAUGGUCACUGACGCCAGGCCCCAUCUGGACGCUCCACCCCCACAGCCACCCCUCGUACCGUUGAGGAAGUGGAGGCGUGCAGCAUGCCCCAGAGCAGCCGAUGGUGCAGCCAGUGGGGAACUAGGGUUCGCAUCCAGUUCUGGUCCAUCUUUCCUCACAUUUCAAGGCAGUUUUUAAGAUUAUGUCCUUUACAACUAUUUACAAUUACAAUGAAAACUUUCUUUGUCAACUUUAUAUUUUUUAAUAUAUUUUUAUUUAUUUCUGAGAGGAAGAGAGAAACAUUGAUGUUUGGCUGCUUCCUGCAAGCCCCCUCUCCCCCACUUGGGGAUCAAGCCCGCAACCUGGGCAUCGAACUGUGACCUCCUUGUUUAUGGGUUGACACUCAACCAUUGAGCCACACUGGCUGGGCUGAUUAAUCCAUCUUGAUCAGUUUGCAGAUGAGGGUGCUGAGGACCAAGGAGGCUUAGUUGUUUUCCCAAAGUCAUACAGUUGGGCCCAGAACCCAGGUGUCCUUGCUUGCUCGCUCAUUCCUUUCAUUGCUUUGCUGGUCUCCACUGUGCUUUGAAGUCCCACCACCAGUUUUGAGGAAUGAGGAAGGAAGACAAAAGGGUCGCAAAACAGUUACUGAAUAACAAGGAUUUUGUUUAGGUAGUUGCUCCCUGCUCUAUAGCUCCAGCCUCAGUGGUCAGGUUGGGAGGCCAAGUCUUUUUUUAUUUUUUAAUUCUCACCCAAGGAUAUGUUUUUAUUGAUUUUUUAAAGAGAGAGGAAGGGAGAGAUGGAGAAACAUUGAUGUGAGAGAAACAUUGAUCAGUUGCCUCCCAUACUGAUCGAACCUGCAACCUAGGUAUGUGCCCUGACUAGGAAUCGAACCUGCAACCUUUUUGGUGUGUGGGACGACACUCCAACAGCCACCUGGCCAGGGUGGGAGGCCAAGUCUUAUGUGUGGCUAAGACCCAGAGUAAUUGGUUAGAGGACGCAACCUAAGGUUUUGAUGGCUGGGGAUUGUCCUUCUAGGUCUCCUCCCCUCCUUCCCCAUCACCUGGGAGUAAAUCUAAUCUUGGGGUCUUUGAGAGUCCGAUCUGGGCCAUCACCGUCUCAUAUAGUACGCCUUUUUCAGGUCACUUGAAUUUCAUCUGUUGGCCAUCAUAACAUACCAACGAAGGGUCCCCUUUAGAUCUAACGUCUUGUGCAUUCACACAGCAGCCCUGGGACCAAACUCGCCUCUCAGAGCCCCUCAGACCAGACGAGCUGGGGCUGAGCCAAGCCACUGGGGUCAUGGGCUCCUAAUGUGGCCUGAUUGGACACAGUGCAGUGAUAGCCACCUUACUGCAUGCUCAGUGGCGGGCUCUUGUGCUCAAACCUGAGGAGAGGGGCUGGACCACACUGAUGAUGAGGGAGACAGAUUUUUUAAUAAAAGAUUUGGUUAGUUUUAUCUUUCUGACCCCUGAUUUCCCUGUGAAUCAAACACAGUAAAGUUGGGAUGGAGUGGGGAUGACCAAACAGAAGUAGGCAGACCCAAGCAGACUGUGGUCAAAGACAACCCUAAACAGCAGGCCUGGCCCUAAAACAUGAACUAGAACAUAGAGCUGGGGACAGACCUAGAGGACCAGGGGGACCGGCGUUAAUAGAAAGGACACAGGCUGCAAUCCAGACACACCCGAGGCUGGGUCCCUGCUGACGUGGCAGCCCUCUGCCCUGGCCCCUUACUGCCCCCCGCCCCUCUCCCCCGCCUGCCAGCUGCCAACAGGGCUCUGCUCUGUGUCUGCCACACCUGUCACUGUCUGUCCUUGCCCAGGGGGGGGCCCCAUCAGCCCCUCCUCAGCUGCCCAGCAGAGCAAGCAGUUAGUGGGGAGGGGAGGGAACAUGGAGCGGGGGCCAGUGGUGGGGGCAGGGCUGGGGGCCAGGGCCCGAAUCCGGGCAUUGCUGGGCUGCCUGGUGAAGGUGCUGCUCUGGGUGGCCUCUGCCUUGCUGUAUUUUGGAAGUGAACAGGCUGCCCGCCUCCUGGGCAGCCCCUGCUUACGGCGCCUGUACCAUGCCUGGUUGGCAGCAGUGGUCAUCUUUGGGCCCCUUCUUCAGUUCCAUGUCAACCCUCGGACUAUCUUCGCCAGCCACGGAAACUUCUUCAACAUAAAGUUUGUGAAUUCCGCAUGGGGCUGGACAUGCACCUUCCUGGGGGGCUUCGUGUUGCUGGUGGUGUUCCUGGCUACACGGCGUGUGGCAGUGACUGCCCGGCACCUGAGCCGGCUGGUGGUGGGGGCAGCCGUGUGGCGGGGGGCUGGCCGGGCCUUCCUGCUCAUCGAGGACCUGACCGGCUCCUGCUUCGAGCCUCUGCCCCAGGGGCUGCUGCUCCAUGAGCUGCCUGACCGCCGCAGCUGCCUGGCAGCCGGCCACCAGUGGCGGGGCUACACGGUCUCCUCCCACACCUUCCUGCUCACCUUCUGCUGCCUGCUCAUGGCUGAGGAAGCGGCAGUGUUUGCCAAGUACCUGGCCCACGGGCUGCCCGCCGGUGCGCCCCUGCGCCUCGUCUUCCUGCUCAACGUGCUGUUGCUGGGCCUCUGGAACUUCUUGCUGCUCUGCACUGUCAUCUAUUUCCACCAGUACACUCACAAGGUGGUGGGCGCCGCAGUGGGCACCUUUGCCUGGUACCUCACCUACGGCAGCUGGUAUCAUCAGCCCUGGUCUCCAGGGAGCCCUGGUCAUGGGCUCUUCCCUCGCCCCCACUCCAGCCGCAAGCGUAACUGAAAGAAAGAAAGGCACGUCUGGCCUGG